AUGGACCCGUCCCUGCACAGCUGCCAGGUGGGCGGGUGUGCCCGCCUGCAGAGGGGCCUCCCCCCGAGCUCUGCCCGCUGUUCUCUGGAGCGGCUCUUCUCGGAGGCCAGUGUGGAGAGCCCUCUGUCGGCCCCCACCUCUGGCCCGGACUUCAGUCCCGCCCUGACCCCUGGUCCUGCACCCACAUCACUCCGGCCCACCAGCUCCCCACCAACCUCCCCACCACCAGCCCCACCACCCCCACCAGCCCCAACAGCCCCACCACCCCCACCAGCCCCACCAUCCCCACCAUGCCCCCAUCCCCCACCAUCCCCACCACCAGCCCCCCCACCAUCCCCACCACCCCCCCCCAUCCCCACCAUCCCACCACCACCCCCACCAUCCCCACCACCCCCACCACCCCCACCACCACCAUCCCCACCAUCCCCACCACCACCCCCACCACCACCAUCCCCACCACCACCAUCCCCACCACCCCCACCACCCAGCACCCGACCCCCCCCACCAUCCCCACCACCACCCUCCCCACCCCCACCACCCCCCCCACCACCAGCCCCACCACCACCAGCACCAUCACCACCAGCCCCACCACCACCAGCACCAUCACCACCAGCCCCACCACCACCAGCACCAUCACCACCAGCCCCACCACCACCAGCCCCACCACCACCACCCCCACCACCAUCCCCACCACCAUCAUCCCCACCACCUCCACACCACCCCCACGAGCCCCACCAGCACACCACCCCAGCCCCCCCACCACCAGCCCCACCACCACCCCAGCCACCACCACCCUCACCCCCACCACCACGAGCCCCCCCACCCCCACCAGCCCCACCACCCCACCAUGCCCCACCACCCCCACCACCACCAGCCCCCCCACCCCCACCCCCACCACCCCCCACCACGACUCCCACCAUCCACACCAUCCCCACCAGCCCCACCACCACCCCACCCCCCCCACCACCAUCCCCACCAUCCCCACCAUCCCCACCCCCACCCCCACCACCACCACCCCCACCAUCCCCACCACCACCCCCCCCACCCCCACCAUCCCCACCAUCCCCACCAUCCCCACCACCACCAUUCCCACCAUCCCCAGCAUCCCCACCACCACCAUCCCCACCACCACCAUCCCCACCACCACCCCCCCCACCACCACCAUCCCCACCAUCCCCACCAUCCCCGCCAUCCCCACCAUCCCCACCAUCCCCACCACCACCAUUCCCAUCCCCACCACCACCACCAGCCCCACCAGCCCCGCCACCAUCAUCCCCACCAUCCCCACCAUCCCCGCCACCCCCACCAGCCCCACCAUCCCCACCACCACCCCCACCAUCCCCACCAUCCCCACCAUCCCCACCAUCCCCACCACCACCAUCCCCACCAUCCCCUCCACCAUCAUCCCCACCAUCCCCACCAUCCCCACCACCACCAUCCCCACCACCCCCACCACCACCAUCCCCACCAUCCCCUCCACCAUCAUCCCCACCAUCCCCACCAUCCCCACCACCAUCCCCACCACCCCCACCAUCCCCACCAUCCCCACCACCCCCACCGCACGAGGGCUGGAGCUUCGGCAGCCGCUCGGGCCUGGAGGAGAGCACCCGGUGUGAGGACGGGAAGGAGAGGCAGGGCGUCCCUGGGUGCCCUGCCUUCGUGGGCGGCACUCCCACUGGCGUGUUCCGGCUGCAGUGGUCAGCUGGUGGCUGGCCCGGCGUGGAAGGGCCUCUGGUCUCUUAG